GAGAGAGGAGAGGCAGAGCGAGGGCAACGCCUCACAGCACCGGGAAUCUCUCUCCAUCUCCAUCUCACCCUGUGGAGCAGAAAAAAACCUAAAGGACUCUCAUCUCUCGUUCAGUCUCCUGCAGGAGCAGCAUCUCGCUUUUAAAGCUCCACUUUAUUUUACCGCUAAUUACCUCUGCUUACUGGAGAAUGUCUCACUGACUGAGAGCUGGGAUAUUUUUUUAUUUCUUUCUCUGUCAGGAGGCAGCAGCAUCUUUUUUCCUGGAGUCAUCUUUGUUCUCACAGCUGCUGAGUGUACAGUGGCUGCUAGUGGGGAAAUAGGUUAGUGUGCCUGUUCGGUGCCGGGCGGCGGAGGUGAUGAAGAGGAGGGGGAUGCCUUCAUGGCGGUGGUAGCUCUGCGAAGGUGAAUGCUGGAAUGCUGCCGAUGAACUCUGACCUUUAGUGGAAGUGUCAAAUUCAGGAGAGACAAAGGAAGACAGAUACAGGCGUUUGUUUUUUUUGUUUUCGCGGGCUGACCUGUGCAGCGACAACAUGGACAUCAACCUUCAGUCGCAUCGAUUUUACUUCCCCCAGAUCUACUGUGCUGAACCGGGGGCGCAGCCACAGCUCACCGAGUUCAAAGUCAGUGAGCAGAGUAUCUGCCAGGCCCGGGCCUCCGUUAUGGUCUACGAUGACACCAGUAAGAAGUGGGUCCCCAUCAAGCCCGGCCAGCAGGGCUUCAGUCGCAUCAACAUCUACCACAACACUGCCAACAACACCUUCAGAGUGGUGGGCGUCAAGCUGCAGGACCAGCAGGUGGUUAUUAACUACUCUAUAGUGAAGGGCCUCAAGUACAACCAGGCAACACCGACCUUCCACCAGUGGAGAGACGCCAGGCAGGUUUACGGCCUCAACUUCGCCAGCAAGGAGGAGGCGACCACCUUCUCCAACGCCAUGCUGUUCGCCCUCAACGUCCUCAGCGCUCAGGAUGGAGGUCCAGCUCUCCAGCGCCAUGUCCAGAAUGGACCGACUUCAGACGAGAUAGAAGCUCAGAGAGCGAGGCAAAUGAUGGAGCAGCAGCAGCAGAUGCAGGCGCACAUGGAGCGAGAGCGACGGUCCUCCAACUCAGGUUCUCCUUUCCAAGGCCACCCUGCUGUGCUCUCCGUGGCCCCACCAGUCGUACCUCCACCGGUGAACAUGGGCGGCCCUCCUCCGCCUCCACCGCCGCCAGGCCCGCCGCCUCCAUCAGCGAUGGCGCCUCAGCCUCCUCUUCCCCCUCCGCUGCCCAUCGGUGGAGGAAGCCACGGGGACGAACCACCGGCACAGACGGGCCUCGCCGCCAUGAUUGCCGGAGCCAAACUGCGUCGUGUCCAAAGACCUGAGGACAGCAGCUCUUCAGGCGCCAAAAAUGAUGCCAACCGAACAAGUGGUGGAAGCGGAGGCCUGAUGGAGGAGAUGAACGCUCUGCUGGCGCGAAGAAGGAAAGCAGCUUCAGAGAAGCCUGAAGACAGCCAAAAUGACGACCCAAACUCUCCGUCGCCCAGCACUCGGAGUGGACAGAACGCCACAGAUGGUGUAAAGAAGCCGUGGGACCGAGCUAACUCUGCAGACAGGUCGAUGGUUUCCAGGGUACGAGCCGCGGGGAGCAGCAGCGACACAGACUCUUUAGACCUCGAUAGAAUGAAACAGGAAAUCUUGGAAGAGGUGUUCCGUGAAUUGCACAAAGUGAAGGAUGAAAUCAUCGAUGCCAUUAGACAUGAACUGAGUCGAGUUAGCACGACAUAAUCUUCCAGAGCGUCUCCCAGACAUGAACCACCUUUUCGAACCAUCGAUCCUGCAGCAGCUGCUGUGCCCCCGAAGAGGAGGAGGAGGAGGAAGAGGAGGAGGAAGAGGAGGCGUCAGGAACAGAGGCCCAAACUGUGACAUCUACUCAUCCUGUUCAGCUUUGGUGUUGCUGGAACACCUCGGACACGUCUGUGUAACAUUUGAUUUGUAUGAACGGGGCUCACUAUCGCACUGAUUUCUCUGAUUUCUUAACAUUUUGUCUGUUUGUUCGCCCCCUUCUGUCCUCAGCCCAAAGGAAGACUCAUUUGUUUCGCUUUUUUUCACAAGUUUUUAAUUAUUACUAUCAUUUUCAUUAUUAUUACUAUCAUUCUUCUGGCUGUCAGUGUAACGUUAAUACGAGUGGUAGUAGUGUAGUGAUGGUAAUAAUGAGGAGAUGAUAAUGAGAAUUUGAUAGUAAUGAUAAUGUUCAGAAUAUUAUUGCACAUCAGCCUUUUGUAUUUUAUAUUGGUUGUUUUCUGAGACACAUUUAAAAGCACGUCUACAUUUUCUUUUUCUCGUCAUGUGACCUGAAACAUUUUUUAAGGGUUUUUUAUCCUUUUCGCCGACACAGUUCUGCGUAGAACCACGGCAGAAAAAAAAAACAGGCUUCGACUGAGGGCGGAAUAAAUAAAACUUCUUACUGCAAUCUCCUGAGCGAAAAGAUAAAUAAAUAACACACCAGAGUAUUUGUGAUCAUGUUGUUAAUAAAAUGUUUAUUGGCUGCAAGGAUAUGGUGAAGUAUUGUUCAUUUUAUUCUCUCCUUUUAUGACAAAGUGCUUCCUGGUUUGACAACAAAAAUAAAUAAAAAUAAUAAAGAGAAGAAGAAAUGCACCAAGUUUAAAAUGAAUUCAAAUAAAACUGUGAACAAUGUCUUGGAUAAA